ACCAAGACGGCCGAGAUGUGGAGCUCCGACUCCGACUCCGACCCCGACCUCGGCGCCGCCGCCGCCUCGUCGUCCUCCUCCUCGUCCGCCACCUCCGCCUCCCCGCCGCCGUCCCCGCCCCCGGCCUCCCUCCCGCGCCGCCCGCGCAACCGCGCCAGCCGCCGCCGCUCCCGCCGCGCCGCCGCCGCGGCGGCCCCCGAGGCCGAGGACGUGUGGCGCGGGGCGCAGUGGGAGGCGGCGUGGCCGGGGCGCCGCGACGCGAGGCCCGUCCUCCUCGCCGCGGACGCCACCGGCGCCCCGGGGUCCUCGGACGACGGCGGCGUCGGCCGGUCCAGGAGCCUCACGGAUGACGACCUCGAGGAGCUCAAGGGCUGCGCCGACCUGGGAUUCGGCUUCAGCUACGACGAGAUCCCCGAGCUCCGCGGCACGCUCCCCGCGCUCGAGCUCUGCUACUCCAUGAGCCAGCGCCUCCUCGACGACGCCCACCACCACCACAACCACCAGGCCGCCGACCCCGCGCCGCCCGUCACCAACUGGAAGAUCUCCAGCCCCGGCGACAGCCCCGACGAGGUGAAGGCGCGCCUCAAGUACUGGGCGCAGGCGGUGGCCUGCACCGUCCGCCUCUGCAGCUGAACGCCCGGCGACGCCGUGCGCACCGGCGACCACAGCGCCGCCGGAAUAAACGAUCGCCGACAACCGAGUGACCGACCGACCGAUCGACCGAGAGGCUAGCGUCCCGCUGGACGAUGACCGGAUCAGAUCACGGACACAUCGCCGCUCCUCCUGUGCUGUCAAGCAACGACGAUGGAAGCGCGGCGCCCCUGCUGCUGCUGCUGCGACGGCGGGCGUUGGCGGCUGCCAUGAUUGCAGCCGGGUAGUUUGGUGUUCGAAGCAGACGUCGUGGGAGGUUGGUUGCCGACUUGCUGUGUGCUCUGAUCCAACGGAGCGACCUGCUGUCCGGUGCCACAAGCCCACAACCCAGCGCCCAGCCAAUCUCCAGAAAUAAACAAUUAAUUUGUACGCAGUAGCGAUCCAAAUAAUGUUCAGAAUAACAGAUGAUUAAUCUAGUGCACAUUGUUUAGCGGAUCAAGAGUGAAUAAAUAACUGAUGGAUCCCAAUGUUGUUGCUGCUGUUCUUAAUCAUUGGUAGGCACAGCUGUUUGCUUGAUUUAGUGUUCUUAAUCAUGAGUUUCA